GACAAUUAGAUCUAUUGUCAUAGCAAACAUAACCUAAAACCCAUUCUCGCCUAUCCCCCACGCCCUCCACGGAGUACAGUUGGAAAGGCUGUAAACAAACACAUUCCACUUUUCAGAUAGUGAAUCACAAAUUUAAAAAAAAUACCUACGGGGUAAAAAUCUCAUUAAAAAAAUAGUGCGCGAAAUCUGGUCAAAUCGAAAAGUGUAAAAUAAUUAGUAUAUGUAAUUUAUGUAAAAUGGGGACUCAGUGGAAAAAAUAUUUAUUUUGGUUUGCGCACGAACACGUGGAUUUUCGAAUGGCAGAGAUGGAGUCAAUUCUCGAUAUGUUUAAAAUAUCAGUGAGGACAAUUUUGAAGCCAAAGGAACAUCCUUUUUGGAUUGUCGAGUUACCUUCUGAAGAUAUUGUUCGUCAAAUCGCGAGCAGAUCUGUUUCACUUCGUUGCUGCUUGGAACUUUGGGCGAUGUCUAAGGAACUCGAAACUCUUCAUGCUUGUUUAAAAACGUAUACUAAGGACAAUAUCGAAACUUACAAAAAACAGUCGUUUAAAAUCACUGUCAAGACUUUCUGUAAACACUUUACACAGAAAGAAAAGGUGGCGAAAAUUGAGAUGUUCAAUUAUCUUUCGCUGGAAGGACCUGUUAAAUUGAACAAUCCUGACCUGACGUUGUUUUACUUUGAGUAUUAUGGCCUGGAUCCUAAUUACAGUCCCCAAAAACCUUUUCACCUGUUUUUUGGAAGGUGGAUCACCGAUGGUCAGAGGGAUCUCAUUCAAAAAUUCUCGUUAAAAACACGCAAAUUUAUAGGAAAUACAUCAAUGGAUCCUCAGCUGUCCUUGAUGAUGGCGAAUCAAGCACAAGUACAAAGCGGGGACCUCGUCCUGGACCCAUUCGUAGGAACUGGAUCUCUUCUAAUUGCAGCAUCACAAUUUGGUGGCUACACUCUAGGAACCGACAUAGACUAUUUAAUGCUUCAUGGCAAAACGAGACCUAGUCGAAUAACUCAAAAAUAUCGAGAAAUCGACGAAAACGUAGCAGCUAACAUGAAACAGUACGGAAUAAUGUCUAAUUUUGUAGACGUCGUUGUAGCCGAUUUUGCCUUGCGUCUCUGGAGGGAAAACGCUAAUUUAGACGCAAUUAUUACCGAUCCUCCAUACGGCGUGAGAGAAUCAACAGAAAGAGUUGGGUCGUCAAAAAUAUGCUCGACUAUCGAGGCACACCAAGUUGCAACCCACAUUCCCUCGAAAGUAGUUUAUGAUUUGAAUGAAAUAUUCGAAGACUUGCUUACUUUCUCGGCCAAACAUCUUAAAAUUAAUGGCAGGCUCGUUUGUUGGUUUCCUUUGUUUAAGGAAGAUCAUUCCGAAGAAUUUGUACCCACGAAUCCUUCUCUUCAGCUACUGGCUAGCUCUGAACAAGUACUUAGCGCAAAUACGAGUCGACUAUUGCUCACUUAUAGGAAAAUAAAAGAACCACAAACGUGAUUAAUUUAGGACAAUUUUAUAUUGACUGUCAAAUUUUAUACUGUAUUUAAAAUUGGAUUUUUAAUUUAAAUAAACAAUUUAGUUUAUCAGAUUUUGGUGAUAACUGUUGGAUAGGUUGUAUCCAAGAUUCUAUGAUCGGGGUGGCUGUUUGAUCAGGAGUUUUUUUAAGAUCGAGAACAAUCAUAACAUCGCAGUGAAUUUUUUUAAUUUAUAGAAGAAAGACUUAAAAUAUCACAAACUCUUAUGAAAUUUUAAAUAAGUUUCUAUUUGAAACUCGUCUGAGUUGAAAACUUUUAAUUUAUAACUUUUUCGAAUUCGAAAUCAUUCAAUUUC